UUUUAGCUUGACAGGAAAGUUUUUGGUUUUAUUGUUUUUGGUUCUUGUAUGAACAAUGUAGAUUGCUGAUGAAAACAGUGGGGGUUUUCCAAAUGCAAAGAAUAAUGGAAUGACCGAUACACAUUGUGAAAGCAAGCGCAAAAUGAAAGCUCCAAGUUUGGUUGCAAGGCUCAUGGGUUUGGAAUCGAUGCCAGCAGGAUCAGUCAGUAAGCCCCAAAAGGCUUCAGCUUCUGAAACUUGGAGCAAUGUGGCAGACAAACUUGGUGCUCGAGUUGGCGGAUCUGAUAAAGAAGAUAUGGAUUUUGAGAUGGCCGAAAUAAAGAGUUCAGAACUAGGUUUGCAAAGGUUUAGAGCUAAAUGUGCUCUCACUUAUGCUACAACAUAUUUUUCUCCUUUGGAAGAUGAAGCAGAUUUAGUUGGGAAUUCACUUGAUCACCAUUCAACUGACAGCUACCUCUCCGGCAGUCCCAAUAGUAGCUCAAAGGACAAAGUGCUUGCUGAAUCAGUGCUCUGUUGAUGAUGAAGCACUCUUUCCAGAACCUGAUAUAGAUCUUUC